AAACGAAAUCUCGAAAUGCUCAAUUUCUUAAAUUUUAGUGUUUUUGACUUAGAUUCACUAAUUUUUUCUACACUAGCAUUAAUUAAUUUUUUUUUAAAAAAACUCUUCUCCGUCUACCGUCUCUAUUUAAACAGCUCAAUCCGCCAUUAAUUAGAGCUCAAGAAGGAAAAUGGGCGACAAACUGAAGCAAAAACCCUACGUUUCCUACGACUCCGGCAGCGAUGAAGAGGGAGACGAUGUUGAAGAUCUUCUUCCACUGGAAAAAUUGAAUUUGGGUCCUCAGAAGAAGCUCCUCGUGCUCUGUCUCGGCGAUCUACUGGUGCGCCGGGUGCACGUUAGAGAUAGGCGCACCGUUCGCGGCUUCGAACCUGACGUCACCCAUGGAAAAUUUCUAGUGUUCAAAAGGCCUUUAUGUACGGAGUUCAUGAAAUUCUGCUUUGAUCGAUUUGUGGUCGGGUUAUGGUCUUCUGCAAGAGACCAUAAUAUUGAUGCUGUUUUGAGCUGUAUCACUGGUCAUGGAAAUAGGCACAAGUUGGCUUUUGUUUGGGCACAAGAGGAAUGUGAAGAUUCUGGUUUUUAUUGUCUAGAAAAGGAGGAAAAACCCAUAUUUCUCAAGCGUUUGGAAGAUCUUUGGGGGAAGAAAUAUCCCAUUACCCUUCCAUGGAAAAAUGGCCAAUAUUCAGCUUCUAAUACUCUCUUGAUUGAUACCGAGCCCCACGUAUCGCUCCUCAACCCAGUGUGUAUCUCCCCAGCUUUUCUUUAAAUGCAAAUUAAUAUUUUUUUUUUAAAAAAAUCAUCUUUGUUAUUUUUAUGGGACAAAACAAGUGUUUACAAUUCUUUCCCAUUUUUUGGGAGGCGCUGCAGGUUGACUCGGCUAUAUUUCCGCAACCAUACAAAAAACCGAAUCCUAGGGAACAAAAUUAUACUGCAUUUAUUUAAUCUGUGAUUUUUAGGUUAGGAUAAAUAUCCUUUCUAGGCCUUACCUUGUGGGUGAUUAUACUAUGUUAUUGUUGAUGUUGGUGUUCUUGUUGGGGUUUAUCUGUUGAUAUUGUAGGACAAACGGGCGAGUUACGAAGUUUUUUGGAAGGGGUUGCAGAAGCAGAUGAUGUUCCUACUUAUGUGAAGGAGAAUCGCAUCGGGCAACCUCCGAUAACGCCUUCACAUCCCGAUUGGAAGUACUAUGAAAAGAUCGUCCGUCACUUCGGCAAGAAAUAACAUAAUGUUUC